AUGAAUCAAAAAAAGGCUACUGUUAAAGAAUCAUUCAGUUACGUUCAAUUGAAGAAGAAAAAACCUGUUGGAUAUCCGGAUAAGGAGCGGCAAUUGAUUGCCAGAGUUGUUUACUACAAGCGUUUUAACGCACAGCGAGUUAUUGUCAAACAGAAUCAUCCCGCGGAAUUUAUGUAUUUUAUUGUCCAAGGAGAGGUCGAGUUGAGUAAAAUUGAGAAGGAUUACAUUACUGGAGAUAUGAAAGAAAUACAUACAGGAAUUUUAGGGCCCGGUGACAUAUUCGGUGAAGUUGCGCUUUUACAUUCAAUUUUACGGUCAACAACUAUUAUCACAAAAACGGCUGUAGAUUUGAUCUGUCUUCAUAAAACUGAUUUUGAUCGGCUGUUAAAAAAUAUUUUACUGCAAAACUGGACCAUUUUGCAAGACGCGUUGGUUAAUUUUAAUUAUUUCAAGUCUUGGGACGACACUACUGUCAGAGAAUGCUGUAUUUUGAGUCAUACACAGUGUCUUCGCCCAAAAUCAAUAAGUAAAUAA